AUGACUUCAAUCAAAGAUUUGAUUGCAAAUUACAAGGUGAGCUCUGUGCUCAAUAAAAACAGCAAAGAGUUCGGAAAACAACACUUGUUCGAUGGAAACGAUGAAACAUGUUGGAAUAGCCAUCAAGGAAAACCACAAUAUAUUUAUAUCGAAUUUAAACAGCCUGUACAAAUAGCAAAAGUUUAUAUGACUUUCCAAGGUGGAUUUGUCGGAAAGGAUUGUCACUUUUUAAUAGCCAAUGGGAGCGAGGAGUUGGUCAAUCACAAUUCUUUUUAUCCCGACGACUCAAGUGUGGAGCAGGUAUUUGAAUUGGGAGCAACAUUGGACAAGCUUAAAAUCGUGUUUGAAGAUAGCACAGACUUUUACGGAAGAGUGACGCUGUAUAAAUUAGAUUUCAGCUGA